CAGUAUGGAACGUGAAAACUUAACCCUUUAGUGGUAAAUUUUAUAAAAUAAUGUUGAUUAUAGAGUGUUUAUUAUUAAAGUAAUGGAUUUAAACUAUGCAUAAGAAUUUGAGGAAGUCCUAGUAACAGAUAUGAGUGACGUGGAAAAUAUUGAAUUUCUGGAUUUGAGCGAUGUCGAUGAAAAGGAGCAAAUUAGAGUUAGAGCUUCUCUACUACAAACAGAUUCAAGUGUGCAAUUACCUUGGAUAAAAAAUGAUCAGAAAACGUCCCUAGGUAUAAAACGAGGAAAAAGAAAGGAAAAUAUCCAACAUAAUGACUCUGCAUCUACAAAUCGAGAAUACAUUUACCCAGCAGUGCCUGUUACACCAGUGGUAAAUAAUGUAUAUCAAGAGCAUCGUUUUCACCAGACUGCAAUGGUCAUACCACCACUAGUCACUAACUAUGGUGGUCUUCAGUCUAACUCCAUCUAUUAUGCCAAGACCCUUUCGACUGUUUCAUCUAAUUACCCCCAGCAAGUCUAUGUCAUUCCUCAGAGUACUGUUAAUAAUGUGAUCCAUAAUAAUUAUCCAUACACGGUUACAAAUCCAGUCCACAUACGUAAUACCAUUACCGACUCGCAUAUUACCACCACACCACCAGUUAUACAGCAUCAGAACAACGGCAAUGGACAAAUCCCUCAAAUAACAGAAUGCAAUGCAUCUUCUAAAAAUUACUCUUCUGGGCAUCCAGCUGUAAUCGACAACAGUUCUAUUCAAAAUUCGGCAACCGUCAUUCAAAACACUCCUGAAGAAAUAUAUUCCCAACCGUCUGGAUCAUCGAAUGUGGUUGAAAAUGGUGCUAAAAGUAAUUCUGUUAAAGAGAGUACAAGCAAUUUAUCCCCAGCAAAUAAGUCGUGGGCAAGUCUUUUUGCUUCAAAUAAAUCGAUUAAUGACGUCAACAAUCAGAUUCUUGAAGCAGGAACGGAAAAACCUUUAGCUGACAAGACAAUGAACAAAGAGUUUAAUAAUAAUGAGCCUUUUUGUCCCAUCAAGCAUCCAAGAAGGACACAAUUUAUUGAUCCUGAUUGUUAUAGAAUGGGAGAAUAUUUAACUAAUUACUCUGUAGAUGGCAGAGCAGUAAGUUUACAGCCAAGGGGUUUGAUAAAUCAGAGUAAUUAUUGCUACAUCAAUUCAAUACUUCAGGCUCUGAUUGCUUGUCCUCCCUUAUAUAAUUUAUUAUGGGGCUUGUCUCAGAAUAUUUCGUCAAACGAGAAGAGAAAACCCACCCCCGUCAUUGAUGGAGUGUGUCGAUUCGUGAAAGAAUUCAAACAUUUACCUGCAAAUAUGAGAGUGAGCAACAGAAGAUCUGACGGAAAAGUUCAGAAAAAAGAUCAAGGUGUACUGAUAAACACCGAUAUACCUUUUGAACCGUCUUGGAUUUAUAAGAUGUUAAAUGGAAUAAGGAGCGAUCUAAUUGAAGGCAGGCAAGAAGAUGCUGAAGAAUUUCUUGGCUGUCUACUAAAUGGCUUAAACGAUGAAAUGCUUGAGCUGAUAAAAUUGGUGAAAAAUGACUGUGAUGAAUCUUAUCAAAAUGCAAACAGUUCCGAAACUGAAACUGACCUAGAUAAAGAAUGGCAGGUAAUGGGACCAAAAAAUAAAGGAAGUGUUACAAGGAGAACCGAAUUUGCUAAAACACCCAUUAGUGACAUAUUUGGAGGAUUUCUGAAGUCAAGGAUCCAUAGAACUGGAGAUCAUGUCACAGAAAAUAUACAGCCCUUCUUUACUCUGCAAUUAAAUAUCGAAAAAGCAAAAACCGUACGGGAAGCGCUAGAGGGUCUCGUCACAAAAUAUCAGUUGGAAGGCUUAACGUCUUCAAAAACAAAUGAAGAAGUAGAGGCCUGGCAGCAAGUGAUGUUAGACGAAUUGCCCGUUAUAUUGGUAUUACAUUUGAAAUGUUUCGAUUUUAAAUUGGACGGUUGUACGAAAAUAAUAAAAGCCUUGGAAUUUCCGAUAGACUUAAAAAUUGAUUCGAAAUUGUUGUCGUCAAAGACCCAAACAGCUAAAGAGAAACAAUACAAGCUGUUCGCAGUAGUUUACCACGAUGGUAAAGAGGCCACCAAGGGACAUUAUGUAACCGAUGCAUUUCACGUAGGCUAUAGCAGUUGGUUAAGAUAUGACGACGCGUCCGUCAAACCUGUCCUAGAGGAGCAUGUAUUAAAGCCGCAAGGAACACGAGUUCCAUAUUUACUGUUCUAUCGUCGUAGUGAUACUAUUAGAAGCAAAUAAAAAAAACAAAUUUGGCCUAUCGAUUGUUAAUUAUAAGUACUAUUAAGCAUCUUAUUUUAAUAAAUAAAGUUUAUACAUAAUUUUUAA